AGUGCGCACAGUGAUAUACCUCGUGUAUAUCCGUACGUUAUAAAUCUGCGUGUACUGCGGCAGCAGCAGCAGCAGCACAGCUGACGACGGCGACGAUGCUAACUGGAAGAGUCGCGUUCGUCACGGGGGCGGCGAGCGGCAUCGGCAGAGCAGCCUGCGCCGCGCUGGCCAGCCAAGGCGCCAAGGUCAUCGCAGCCGAUCUGAAUGUCAAGGCCGUCGAGAGUACCCUUGCCACGAUACAAGAUGCGGGUCAAUACCUGCUCCCGGUGGAGCUGGACGUGCGCUCCCGGGCGAGCGUCGAGCUAGCCCUGGCUCGCGGCCGCGAGCAUUACGGCGCGACGCCCAGCCUGGUCGUCAAUUCGGCCGGGGUGACGCGCGACAACUUCCUCCUGAAGAUGAGCGAGGCCGAGUUCGACGAGGUGCUCGGGGUCAAUCUGCGCGGCACCUUCCUCGUGACCAAGUGCGCCGCCCAGGCCAUGAUCCAGGCAGCCGAGACCGAGGAUACACAGGGUGGCGGCGGCAGUAUCGUUAAUAUCGCCUCGAUCAUCGGCAAGACGGGAAACAUCGGGCAGAGCAAUUACGCGGCUUCCAAGGCGGGAGUCGAGGCGUUCACCAAGUCGGCGGCUGCAGAGUUUGGACAGUUUGGAAUAAGAGUCAACGCUGUACUGCCAGGUUUCAUAGAGACUCCAAUGACAGACAAGGUGCCCGAUAAAGUCAAACAAAUGUUCAUCAAAAGAAUUCCUUUAAAACGAAUGGGCAAAGCGGAGGAGGUUGCAGAAGUUAUUCUAUUUUUAGCAUCGAACAAAAGUUCUUACAUCAAUGGUGCAUCCAUCGAAGUCACAGGGGGUUUGGUUUAAGAAACAGCACUGGUUUUUGGUUUAUGUUAUUAAAAAAAUUGCAUUUAUUAACAAAUUUAGUACCUUACUCUGACCUUAUUCUACACUUAUCC